UGCUCGGGGCGUCACAUCAGCACCAAGCGGGAAGGAGCGGGCUGUUGCUGCUGCGGCUGCUGUUGUUGGAACUGAGGCGGUCUGGUUUUCUUGUAUUAUUUAGCUAGCAAGCGGCCAGUAGGCUAGCUAUACAAGGAUCAACUAAGGGCCGAACAUGCCGCGGGAAAUCAUUACGCUUCAGCUGGGACAAUGUGGAAAUCAGAUCGGUUUUGAGUUUUGGAAGCAGCUAUGUGCGGAGCAUGGCAUCAGUCCAGAGGGGAUAGUUGAGGAGUUUGCAACCGAAGGGACCGACAGGAAAGAUGUGUUCUUCUAUCAGGCUGACGAUGAACACUACAUCCCCCGUGCAGUCCUCCUGGACCUGGAGCCGAGGGUGAUCCACUCCAUCCUCAACUCCCCUUAUGCAAACCUGUACAACCCAGAGAACAUCUACCUCUCUGAGCAUGGAGGAGGUGCUGGCAACAACUGGGCCAGUGGAUAUUCACAGGGCAAAAAAAUCCAAGAGGACAUCUUUGACAUCAUUGACCGGGAGGCAGAUGGCAGUGACAGUCUGGAGGGAUUUGUCCUGUGUCAUUCCAUUGCUGGGGGGACAGGGUCAGGGCUGGGAUCCUAUCUGCUGGAGAAACUCAAUGACAGGUACCCAAAGAAGCUGGUGCAGACUUACUCUGUUUUCCCAAACCAGGAUGAAAUGAGUGACGUGGUCGUUCAGCCAUACAACUCGCUGCUGACGCUGAAGAGGCUCACCCAGAACGCAGAUUGUGUGGUGGUGUUGGAUAACACAGCCCUGAAUCGCAUCGCCACAGACAGACUGCAUAUCCAGAACCCCUCAUUCUCCCAGAUCAAUCAACUGGUUUCCACCAUCAUGUCUGCAAGCACAACCACCCUGCGCUACCCAGGCUACAUGAACAACGACCUCAUUGGCCUGAUUGCAUCCCUCAUCCCCACACCGCGCCUUCACUUCCUUAUGACUGGGUACACACCACUCACGACUGACCAGUCGGUUGCCAGUGUGAGGAAAACCACAGUGCUGGAUGUGAUGAGGAGGCUUCUGCAGCCAAAGAAUGUGAUGGUGUCCACGGGAAGAGAGAGGCAGCCGAGCCACUGCUACAUCGCCAUCCUCAACAUCAUCCAGGGAGAGGUUGACCCCACACAGGUGCAUAAAAGCCUUCAAAGGAUCCGAGAACGUAAACUCGCCAGUUUCAUUCCCUGGGGUCCUGCCAGCAUCCAGGUGGCAUUGUCCAGGAAGUCCCCAUACCUGCCCUCAGCCCACCGAGUCAGUGGUCUGAUGAUGGCCAACCACACAAGCAUCUCCUCUCUAUUUGAGCGGACGUGCCGGCAGUAUGACAAACUGCGUAAGCGUGAGGCCUUCCUGGAGCAGUUCCGCAAAGAGGACAUAUUCAAGGACAACUUUGACGAGCUGGACAACUCUCGUGAAGUCGUCCAGCAGCUGGUGGAUGAGUACAGCGCAGCUACACGGCCUGACUACAUUUCCUGGGGCACACAGGAACAGUGAAUGGACUUAAAGGUCUUGUAACUCAGCUACAACUCAGUCAACAUACAUUCUUAGUUAGUUUAUUCUAACUCAAUUUAUGUCCCUUGUACACAUAAGCGCCCCAGAAUAAGCAGUUAUUUGGCUUUCUCUGAAAAAAUUAUUUAUUUGCUUUUUACAGCAUGUAAUAGUAUGGCGUGUAUCUGUCUGAGAGUUCACUCACCCUUAAUGUUAACACCCACUGUCAUUAUUUCAACCAAAAAGUAAAAUGGAAAAUUCUCAAACCCUGUUUAUAUAAGUCAAUCCUCAACCUAACAGUCCUGUGAAGUGCAAGUCUGUGCAGAAAGCAUUGAUAAGUGUGUUCCACAAAACAGUCUUUGUUAAUAGUCGUCCUUUUCUUUUCUCCCAAACUCAGCUUUGCUUCCUUGUAGCCUUUUCUUUGCCUUUUUCAGCAAUGUAAGACAACAUGUUGCCUUGUGUUUGGUUUAUUUUUUUUAUACUGAGUGCAGUAACUACUACAGCUGAAAUACAAUAGUACAUCCACAGCCUACCAAAUGACUUCCUCGAAUAAUGAGAGGACGACUGGCAGAAUGCGUUGCAUGAUGGUAAAUGUAGGUUCUUAUAUCACAGACAUUUUCUGACAUGGUGCUUUGUACCAUUUGUCUGCUGCUGAUACACAUUGCUCAUUUGUCACCGCUGUACAUGCCCAACAAGAAUGUCAAGUUUCAGUUGGGCUCAGGCCAAAAAUGGCACCUACAGUAAAGAAAGUAACAGUUUGAAAAAAUGUACACGUAGGGAUCUUGUUUUCACACCUCAUUUCUAUGCCUGUAAAUAGACUUUAAAGAAUAGCUGGUUCGCUGGCAUUCUUUGUAUCGUUUCAGUGAAUAUACUGUUCCAUGUUGCUUUGCUUGUUGGACCUGUUUGAAAUGAUGAAUAAACACAUUUUCUAUUAUGA